GUUUCACAGUCCCCUCAUUACAUAUGAGACAAGGGCAUUAUUCUUGCCCGUGGGCUUCCAUCAGCUCCACAUCCGGAUGUGAGGGCUUGCAUCAUUUCAAUGUGGUGAACUCCCCACAUGACAGUUUCCCUUCCUGUGUCCCGUCACCAGUCGGCUGUUUUGUAAAUGUGUUUCAUUAAACUGUUAAGAGCGGAGCUUUGUCAACAUGAAUGCCUCAGGGAUCGGGGCUUGUAAAAACACACAAAGAGAGGGAACAUGAUGAACGCAUGACCCCAAGCAGCACCUGGGGGGGUCCCCAGAUCCAUUAAUCUAAACCGAGUUAAGAUAGAGAUGUGAGAGGCCAGUGGCCGGGCCUCGGAAAAGCCUGGCCUCCAUUUCCCUGAUGCUCCCACAAAACCACGAUAAACAAGCAAUUAGCCGCCAAGUCUCAGUAGGGCUUAAAAAGAGUCAUUUGAGUGGAUUUAUCCCCUCAAUAACGUGCAAAUUGGUCCCAGCCAACAGUGAUGCCGUCUUUGUCAGGGACCAUCAUGGUCCCUCUCUGCUCGUCACAGGGAGGAACGCCGCAGGCCACCCACCGCCUGCAUUGCCUUACAAAUGGUGGCCUGCCACUGUCAUCAAUCCCAGCCUAUGUCCCUCGGCUCCCAGCAUGGAGAUAUAAAGGCGCUGCCAAGAGAAGGGAAACUGGGACCGGGGAGCGAAGCAGAGAGGUAAGCAGAGCUCAGCGGGCCACAAACAUGGAAGCCAUCCAUCUCCUGCUAGCUCUGGUUUUGCUCUCCGGCAGUCUGGGGUCUGGCCAAGGCCUUGAAGAGGGACUGGGCUCCCAGGAGUUCUUGGCUGAAGAUCCCAAUGUGUAUCCAGAGAGGCUGUCAGGCUGGAUGCAAGAAAAUGAGGACCAUGCUGCGCAGAGCCUGCCUGAAGAACACUCUCUGGGCGUCCUUCUCCGCUCCUUCCUCCACGCUGUGCAGAGACCCGGCCGCAGCCCAUCCUUCUUGUUCCAGCCCCAAAGGUUUGGGCGCGACGCCAGGGCCGGUUCCCUCAGUGUCGGGCGAAUCAAAGCCCGUGCGUGGGAUUCCAUGGCACCUCAGUUUCUGAGCAUGGCCACUCCUCAGCGCUUUGGCAAGAAAAAAUGAAGCCGGGAACAGCGACGCGCAGCCGAAGAAACAACAGCACCAAGAGAUAAGAACCCAGCCGAGAACCAUCUGCUCAGUGGAUCUUGCCAGAUCAGACAAAAGCCUCUCCUUUCCUUUCCACUUCCAUGUCUGUGUUUUGUAUCGGUGGGUUACUUGGGUGAGCAACUAGCACUCCUGUCUGGGACUUGUAGUUUGCUAACGGUAAUAAUAAACGUCAU